AUGUCUGAGGAAUGGGAGGGACGGCAAGGCGCUUCUACUCGGGUCGCGGGUGCUCGUCCCGGACGUCGCGCCACUAUGAAUCAAGGGGAGCGUCUUGUCUUGCGCAUUGACAAUGGGCCUGGGUGCAACAUCACCCCUCCUGCCAUUGCCACCUGGCUGAAACAUCCCAUUGAGCGCGUGCACGUUCUACUCAAUCGGAAGUGCAAGACGCUGAGUCAUACAUACGCCGAGAUGGCUAGCCCCGAUGCUGCGAAGGCGGCACUCCAUGCUCUUCCCGUCGUGGCAAGGAAACUUUCACGGUUCGGUAUGAACAGAUUCUACUGCAACCGCUCGGGGUGGUGA